CAAAGUUCUAAUGGCCCUGUGAAGAAGUCCAUGCGCGAGAAGGCUGUUGAAAGGAGGAGCGUUAAUAAAGAGCACAACAGUAACUUCAAAGCCGGGUAUAUCCCAAUUGAUGAAGAUCGUCUCCAUAAGACAGGACUGAGAGGGAGGAAAGGCAACCUGGCCAUCUGUGUGAUUAUCCUCUUGUUUAUCCUGGCUGUCAUCAAUUUAAUUAUAACACUCGUGAUCUGGGCUGUGAUUCGAAUUGGACCACAUGGCUGUGACAGCAUGGAGUUCCAUGAAAGUGGUCUGCUUCGAUUUAAGCAAGUAUCUGACAUGGGAGUUAUUCAUCCUCUGUAUAAGAGCACAGUAGGAGGAAGACGGAAUGAAAAUUUGGUUAUCACUGGCAACAACCAGCCUAUUGUUUUUCAGCAAGGGACAACAAAGCUCAGUGUAGAAAAGAACAAAACUUCUAUUACAAGUGACAUUGGUAUGCAGUUUUUCGACCCAAGGACUCAAAAUAUCUUAUUCAGUACAGACUACGAAACUCAUGAGUUUCAUUUGCCAAGUGGAGUGAAAAGUUUGAAUGUUCAAAAAGCAUCUACUGAAAGGGAAAAUAGCAUCAUCCUCAAUGGAACUGUGAUGGUCAGCACUACUCGCCUGCCCACUUCCUCCGGUGGAGACCAGCUGGGUGCCGGAGACUGGGUGCGCUACAAGCUGUGCGUGUGUGCUGAUGGGACUCUCUUCAGAGUGCAAGUGACCAGCCAGAACAUGGGCUGCCAAGUCUCAGACAGUCCCUGUGGAAACACGCAUUAGAGCACCGGAGGUCAUCUGUAUGUUUAUAUCUGGGCCCGACCUUUGUUUUCUAAGAGUAUGCAUGCAAAUCAUGUUUUUACAGUUUGUGAUAACUCACUGUAAUUAUUUUAAUUGAGAGCACUACUCUAUGUAUUAUGCAGUCUCCCUAUUUAAAGUAUUCUUGAGACCCUAAAUUCUAAUAUAUUUUAUUAAGUUGCACAGAUUUUCAAAUGACAGUGCUCUAAAUAAUUAUAAGGAGUUAAUGAAAUUAAUCUUUAAAAAAGUGGUUUUAAAAUUCCACUAUCCCUUGUCUAAUGAAUUUUAAAGGGUUGAAGCAGUUGCUUAGACUUACUAUAAGUAAGCUUUGGGUCUGAUAAACGCAUCAGAAGCAUGACGUCUAUUUUUCUUUUUAAAAUUAGUGUAUGUUUGCAGCACAUAGGUUUCCAUGCUGUUUUUUGUCUUCUAAUAGGAAAGACACAGAUUUUUACUGCACUAACCCAGAGCCAUGUUCUCAUGUGCAAGUGAAGGAAUUUUAAAAGUAUACAUAUGUGAGUGAGUAAAAAACUAUGGUUCCUUAAUUUUGCACUAAGAAGAAAAUACUCUAAUAGAGUGGUUACUUGAAACAGUGAUGUAUAUUAAGUGUUCAUAGUGUGGUGGAAAUUAAAACACAACCUCAGCUUUAAUUUUUGAAUAAUGGUGAUGCGUCAUUUAUCAAGCAUCUUGUACUUCCUAGGUAUUGUCUUGGGCAUUGCAUGUUUAAUAUCUAACUCUCACAGCAGCUCUGUAAGUAGGUGUUAUUAUCCCAGGUUUAACCAGUAAGAAAGUGCAGAUCAGGGGCUGGGGAUUUAGCUCAGCAGCGCAGCACCUGCCUGGCAAGCGCAAGGUCGUGAGUUCGAUUCCUGGUACCAGAAAAAAAGCAAAAAAAAAAAAAACUAGAAAGUGCAGAUCAGAGAAAUUAAGAAACCUACCUAACAUCACAUAGUAAGUAGCAGAGCUAGGAUCAGCAUUCAAGUGUGCUUUAAAUCUAGAUGUACCUGAUUCCAAAUACUAUCUUCUUUUUUACUAUCUGCACUUAAUUCUCAAUUAUUUAAAACUCUACAAAGGUGAAAAAAAGACAAAUUCAAACUUACCUAAGCAGGUAAGAAUCAAAUAAAACAGGUAUGCUACUUAUUUAAAAGAUAAAUACAUUUCAUGUUACACCAAAAAAGAAAAGACCAAUCACUGUCAGAUUUUAAACUGUCAUAAGCCAAUUCCAAAAUAUUACUGAGUAGAGAGGACUAAUUGGCCUCCAUGUGCGGUACACCAGUUUCCAGCUUUGACACACUGGAGUAGCUGAAAAGGCUACAGAGAUGCCAAGGGAUUUACACUCCCCCACCUCGGGGCAGCGCAGGGAAGGCAGGCGGGCCCCAGGCCCACUCGAGUCCUGCUCCAGAAGUGGCCGAUGGGGUGGUUCCAGUGUGCCACACUGCCAGCUCCCCUCACAGCGCGUGCCAUGCCUGGAAAGGAAGUCAGGGUGCUAAUCCACGAGGGAAGACAAGUAAUUCCAAACAGUGUAAGAAUGUACUCCUGCUUCUAAUAUCACUGUUUCAUCGUAAUCAUUUAUGGCUCUCAGGCCACUUGAUUUUAAGCAUAUGUUGUAUUACUUGAUUUGAAAGUCACUGUCUGGAAUCAUUAACAGACACAGGAGCAAGGACAGGGACCCCAAAAUAGAGUGCUGUAAAAUAGGCAGGACACAUCAUAGACCCCACCUGCACUGAGGUAGCACCAUGUUCUGUCAUGCUCACUUUGAACUGUGUGAGAAAAUCAAAACCAGAAAAGCAAUUUGUAUUCAAUAUGGCUGUGGUUCCUUCUGACAGAAAAACCAAAUGCCUUAGAGACUGUCAGGUCAAUAAAUUGUACUAAAAUAAGGACUGAUUUAUUACCUAACACUGAGUGCAGUUUUUGAGUGAAAUGAGAAUGAGAUUCAUGACCUCUGUUAUUGUAGUGAUAUUUGAACCUAUUUAAAUAUAUUCAGUAUCAUUGAAUAUCUCAAACCUACACAGAAAAAUCAUUGGAAUUUUUGCUUAUAUGUUCAGUUCAUUUUUAAAUUUUACAUUCAUUACUUGGCUGCUCUAGAUUUGUUUUGAAAGUUUCUUUAAAUAUUUUUACUAAACCACAGAACACUAUAUUACAAAGUAUUAUUUAUUGAAUCUAAUUCAUUAACUACUCUAUUUUUACUUCUGCUUGAGAAGUACUUGUGUUUUUGAUACAUCUCCAUUAAGUGCUUUUGACGUGAGAAGAUGUUUUUCAGAACUGACUGUUAAUGGCACAGUGUUUGGGGUACGUUCUAAGUGGCCCGUGGUUUUCACUGAAAUGCAGACCUAGGAAAUUUACUGGGCAGCAGAGCAAGAACAAACCACCCGUUUCACCUGUGGCCUACCCUCAUUCACAGAGAAUUUCAGCUACCCACACUCACCACCAGGUGGUGUUUUUCUACAAGCAGAAACUUGGCCUCUGCGUGCUGUAGGCUCACUCCUCCGCGUUGAGCAGCAGCCUCGGGGAGGCCUGGGCGGGUGCAGAUUUGUGCUUCCUUAAAUGACCAUAAUGUUCUAGAGGGGCAUUGCAGCGACAGGGGGACAACAGAAAGAAAUGCAGACUUCUCUAGACUCUAAUGGGCUGAAGGGGAAAAUGCAAAACCACGCAAACAGGGACUGCCUGUAAAUAGUCUGCAUUUUUAAAAAUAUACAUAUUUGUAUUUUUGCACUAAGAAAAAAUAAUACAUUUUUGUGAGAUAGUUUUGAUGAGGACAGGGAGAAGUUCUGUCUAGUUUUGAAUGAGUGUUUUUAAGGGGGUAAGAAUGUUAAUGGUGCUAAACUUGACAGAAGAGACCAUUGAAAUGCUGAUAAUUUUAGUAUUCUUUUUAAAAGUUGAGAAGGGAAAAGAUUAAAAAUUGUGCCGUAUAAAAAAAAUUAUGCCAUAUAAAAACCAACCUAUAAAUUUGUUUCACAUUGCUAGCUUGAGUUUCGGUUCAGUUUGUAAUAAUUAUUAAUGACUUCUGUUUACAAUAAAACUUCUAUAAACUGUU